UAAGGACUGGGCAUAGACGAUAAUGAAUCACGAUCGGUUCACUGCGCUUCGGAAAUGUGUAUAUAUGCAUUGACUGUCUAGGUUGUAGUCAGAAGAAAAAGGGGGAAGUGUGCCCCAGGGCUCGAGUAAACGGAGAGAGCUAGUAGUAGUCCGGAUGCUUGCUCUCCGAGACAUCUCUGCCCAAAUCCAACAAAAAAAUACGCGUCGAUAACGUCGCUGAUUCGACCCAGUUCUCGGAGUAUAAUCUCGAAUAAUCUCGGCAGUAGUCAGAAGAAGAGCGGGGACGUGUGCCACAAGACCGAAGGAGACGGAUAGAGCUAGUGGUCUGGUUGCUUGUUCUCCGAGACAUCUCUGUUUACAAACACGAGCAGAAAACGUGGCUGAUUCGACCCAGUCCUCGGAGUUGGAUCAAUCUGUGUUCGGAAUAUCAAGACUUCGACCUUCCUGAAGACGGAGAGUACAUCCACCGGCCACCGUCAUCAUACAAGUCGAGUUAGAGGGCAUCCGCGGUCCAUGCCGUCUGAAGAUGAGUGGGAUCAGAAUUCAGGCAGGUGGAAACUGCGAAUGUGGUGGGCGAACAUGACGACGAAUCGUCGAAGACGCCUAGUGGCUCUGCUUGCGCUCUCGGUGCUCGCCUUCCUGGCAUUGCAGAAAUUCGACAAAAAUGCGGAGAAGAGACCUGCGACAGGCUCGAGUGCCCGGCUGCAAUUGCAAUCCAAUGGGUCGGACUGUCUGAGAGUUUGUGGCGACGUCUCGAUCCCCUAUCCCUUCGGACUUUCACCACAAUGCGCCUUCAGCUCCUACUUUGUGCUGGACUGCAGGACCGACCUGGGACCAAAUCUCACUUCGCAUUUACCAAGUCCGUGGCCGGUUCUGACUCACAUAGCGGCCACAUCCACUCUCGGACAACGUUUCAGCGAUGGCACCAUAACUCAUCGAUUUUUCGAGGUGAAUUUUCUGCCAGUAACGCAAAUUCAAUCUAACUUCAUCCUCAUAGAUACGACGAAUAUCAAAGCGAUGGGCUGCUUGGAGCAGGUCAAUGCCAGCCUUUCUCUGGACGCGCAAAGCCCCUACUGGAUUUCUGAGCAGAACGUGUUCAUCGUCGUAUCUUGCCGUGCUCAAGGAUCGGCUGUGGGUUCUGAUGCUUCUCUGAGUCCGGUUUUCAGCACGACGUGCGGUCCAGUUUCGUGUAUCAACCAGAAAGUGAUGCGGUACUGUAACGCGUAUGACUGCUGCAUUCAGACCAUUGGAAUAGCCAAGGCAAUGGUGAUGACAGGGGAAGGAAUAGACUUCGCACUCUUCACAAAUUGUGGCUACUCCACCGUUUUGUAUCCAGAUUCGUUUGUUGCAAGAGGGGAAGGAGUUGGUGGCGGAUACUACGGAGUCGCUCUGUGGUAUAACAUCCAGAGGGGGGUGGAUAUUCACAACUGCUCUGAAGCUGCAAAGGAUCCAGAGAAAUUUGAAUGCUCCACGUCUGAACAAUGCACUGACUUGAUGGACGGCUACUAUUGUCAUUGCGAUAAGGAGGGCUACGAGGGAGAUGGUUAUAAAUUGGGCACCGGCUGUAAAGAUAUCAACGAGUGUGAGAGGUCGAACAAUUGCUCCAGUAUUGCUACAUGCGUAAACAUCGAAGGGAGCUAUCAGUGUAAAUGCCCCGACUUAAUGCAGGGCGAUGGUCUAGAUCCCCAGCUGUACUUUCUUGGCAACAAUUGCACUUGGAUCGAUCAGUGUAAAAAUAAGACCAAAGUCUGCUCCCCAGAUGCUGAGUGUACUUUCGACAGCAGCUCUGGCGAUUUAAAUUGCACUUGCCAAGGUGGAACUUUCGGAGACGGGCGCGUAAACGGAACAGGUUGCACACUCAAAGAGACUUCCAAUUUGCCCGUCAUAAUCGGUGUGAGUGUCGGUAGUGUGGUAGCGUUCAUCAUCAUCAACAGCAUUCUAUUGUGGUAUUUCUUUCGGAGGAGGCGGCUUGCGUUCGAUCCAGCAAUUUUCUCACAGCAAGAGCUGCUGAAUGAGAUCGAGAACAAAGAGGGUGCCAAAUACUGCAAACUUUUCACCUACAGCGAGCUUCGAGAGGCAACGAAAGACUUCUCGGUCGAGCUCGGAUCUGGAGGAUUCGGCACCGUAUUUGAAGGAACCCUGCGGGACGGAACCAAGGUUGCCAUCAAGAAGGCCAAACACGGAAUGGGCGAGACACGAAACGAGGCGAAACAGUUCGUUAAUGAAAUUGUCAUUCUGUCGCAAUUGAAUCAUCGGAAUCUCGUGAACUUGCUGGGAUGCUGCUUGGAGACACGGGUACCCGUCCUGGUAUACGAAUUCGUCUCUAAUGGCAAUUUGCACGAACACAUCCAAAUGAGACGCCCAACGGAAGCUUUGAGGUCCGCUGAGGCAGUGGUUGACAACAACAACUACUUCUGUCAUCCACCCCUAAAUUGGACUUUACGUUUGAAGAUAGCAAUUGAGACAGCGGAGGGAUUAGCAUAUCUCCACUGGGGAACGUCUCCCCCGGUUUACCAUCGAGAUGUCAAGUGCGCCAAUAUUCUUCUGGAUGACACGUACAAUGUAAAAGUGGCUGAUUUUGGUUUGUCAAAACUCGUCCCCCUCGAGGACACAGAUGGAUAUGCGGUCCCAACUGCAAUACAAGGUACGAGCUACUGUGACCGCUGUUAUGAGUCUCUCGAUCUACAUAUUUUCUUACAAACGUACUCAGGUUUAUAACGGAUGAAUGGAUGUGUUUGGAUUGGUUAGAAUGCCAGUCCAACUAGAUGUAUGGCUCGCUUGGCUGAAAAGGCGUUGAGCACUUAUUUCACCAACGAUGUUCCAAGAUGAUGUUCGUUGAUUA